AUGAGAGCUCACGAUAAUUUAGAGUUUGCUCAAUGGGUAUUUAAGGUAGGCGAUGGAUCAGCUAAUGAAGAUAGUAAUGACCACAUUGAACUGGCUCAGCGAUGCAUUGUAGAUAAUUCAAUAGUAGACCAUAUUUUUGGUGUUUCCCUAAACACAAAUGAUUAUAAAAGUUAUUCAAUGAAAUCUAUCCUUACUCCCAAAAACGAUGAUUGCUUUCAAUUGAACGACCAAGUUGUCGAGAAAAUUCCCGGCCUGCUUAAAAUUUAUGAAAGUUCUGACGCUGUGGUUGAUGACGAUCAUAAUGAUGUUUAA